AUUCAAACGGGGCGUAUACCGCAUUACUCGUUAUUUUACAAGAUUCUUGUAUCUAGUUCGUGAAUCUCCGAUCCAAAUCCCGCUAAUUACAGGCUCGCAGCCUCGCAUCCCCAACUCCACGGACGCUCUUCUCUCGUCUUUCCUUUGUUCCAAAACACACCACCAGACAUUUCCAUCUUUGCUCUUCCUGUCUCUCCCUGGCUGUCCGUCUGUCUGUUUGAAGAGAAAAUGGCAAGGUCCCUCUCACAAACCCUAACUAAUCUUCCCCGCAAUCUCUCCCCCAAUUCUCGCCUCCUAACUCUCCGAACCCAAUCCAACCAGUCCUCCAAACCCCAUCACCUUGCCGACCUCGCCGAGCUCACCGACUCUUCCUCUUCCUCUUCCGAUCCUCUUGUCCGCAAGCUCGAGGACGCCAUUCACCGGAUCAUCGUGCGCCGUUCCGCGCCCGACUGGCUCCCUUUUCUCCCCGGCGCCUCCUACUGGGUUCCACCUCCUCCGCGCUCCUGCUCCCACGGCCUGUCCCACUUGGUGCACCAGUUGGCACAUCCCUUGUCCGAGGAGGAGUCCAUGGCCAUCACGACCGACCGUGGCUGGCCUUCUUCUGCCUACUUCAUCAAAGGUGGAUCUCUUCAGCCAGUGGAAGUAGAGCCAAUAUCAAAUAAUAAGUCUCAACCUGAGGAUGACGAAGGAUGAAACGUGUUUUAUACUGGCAUUUGGAGUUCAUCCAGGCGUGUAAAUUACAUGUGGAAAGAAGGAUAAGAGAAUGCAGAAACUGUAUUAGCACAGACCUUUUCGUCAAUGGGAGGAGCUGUACAGAUCAUGCAUCUUGUUUACCAAGCCACGAAUAAUUUCGCUUCAUAGCAAGUUUUUAGUAGCUGAAAACUUACACACUCCCGUGUGUUAGUCAAUAAUUAAAGCUUUCUACUGCAAUCUAUGUGAUCUGUACUAUCCCCCUUGGUAAUUAUCCUUUUUAUGAUUUUUCUCUCUCUUCUUUUUCGUUGCUCUGUUUUAGGUUUUCGUGUAUACAAGUUACAGUUACCGCAUUGGCUUUUCAGUGUUUCUCACACUACUUUCGCUUAUAUUGGAAAAGUUGAAUCAAGCACGUAUCGAAGUAA